GGGGCGCGGCCGGGCGGCGGGCGGGGGCUGCGCGCUGAAAGGCGGCGGAGAGCGGCCGCGCUCACUCCGGCGCGGCGGCGGGACGGCGCCAGGCUGCCUGCACUGCCCGGGCUGGACUCCGCGCCGGGGCCGCCAAUGUGCCCCGGCAGGCAGGCUCUCACCUCGCCCUCCGGGUUUCAGAUGCAUGCCAGGUUCCCGCUGAAUGCCAGAGGUAGAGAUCGCUACAGAUGGAGCCCCAAAGUCAACAUAGCAGCGGUGGUGGUUCGUUAGUAGUGAUUCAGCAGCCCUCUUUGGACAGUCGGCAGCGGUUCGACUAUGAAAGAGAGAGCCAGCCAACAACGAUCCUGUCGCUAGACCAGAUCAAGGCCAUCAGGGGCAGCAACGAGUACACCGAAGGUCCAUCUGUGGUGAAAAAAGCUGGUCCGCGGACAGCACCAAGGCAAGAGAAGCAUGAAAGGACUCAUGAAAUUAUACCGAUUAAUGUGAAUAAUAAUUACGAACACAGACCCAGUCACGUGGGACAUGUGGCACAUCAGCAUAACGUGAGGGCCCCGGUCUUGAGCAGAUCAACGAGCACGGGGAGCGCAGCCAGCUCUGGGAGCAACAGCAGCGCCUCUUCAGAGCAAGGACUGCUGGGCCGGUCGCCUCCAUCCAGGCCGGGUUCAGGCCACAGGUCCGACCGGACAAUCCGGACACAGCCCAAGCAGUCGUCUUUGAUUGUAGAUGAUCUGAAGGGUCCUCUGAAAGAGGACUUGACACAGCACAAGUUUAUCUGCGAACAGUGUGGGAAGUGCAAGUGUGGUGAGUGCACAGCCCCGAGGGCCCUUCCUUCCUGCUUGGCCUGCAACCGGCAGUGCUUGUGCUCCGCAGAGAGCAUGGUGGAGUACGGCACCUGCAUGUGCUUGGUCAAAGGGAUCUUCUACCACUGUUCGAACGACGAUGAAGGGGACUCAUACGCGGAUAAUCCCUGCUCCUGCUCCCAGUCACAUUGCUGUUCUAGGUACCUGUGCAUGGGAGCAAUGUCCUUGUUUUUGCCUUGCUUGCUCUGCUACCCUCCUGCAAAAGGAUGCCUCAAACUGUGUCGAGGGUGUUACGACCGCGUCAAUCGUCCAGGCUGCCGAUGCAAGAACUCCAACACUGUCUAUUGUAAACUGGAGAGCUGCCCCUCCCGGGGUCAGGGCAAGCCCUCAUGAUUUUCGGAGGGAGGUUUACUUCCUCCAACUUUGAUUUUCAGGUUGUAGCUGAUUUUUUUUUCCUUUUUUUCCUUCCCCCAUUUAGGGGGGGUGGGGAGACUGCUCUUUUGCUUUCUCCCUCCACUUCAAAUACACAAGUUCUUCCCUUUGCAUCUUUGUUCUCCUCUUGAGUAUUCACUCAACUGAGUGUGGAGCGUUUUACGUAGUCAUUGCUGCUCUUUGGUAAGUGUGGACUUAGUAUCUGCGUCUGCCGCUCACUUUGGCAGGGUCGUCUGAGUUUGUAACUGAACCACUCCUGACAGAGACAGUGAGGGCUCACUGGGCUCUUGCAGCUUCUUGCUCUGAAUAUCUUCCCAAAGAUGUUUUUCCUUCUCAGCAAUUUUUUUGUCGUUAACCCCCUGGGGUACCAAGGAGUAACUUUUCAUGAGUGAGCUGGAUUGUGAAAUAACUUCUUGAGUGUGCUCUUCCUGGAGAGGGAUGUAAAAUAAAGGCUUUACCAAAUGAAAGGCCUGAUUCUUCUGUAAGCAGCCUGCUUUUUUUUUUCUUUUUUUUUGCCUCCACCUCUUUUGUCUUAACUUUUGGAAUAUUCUCAGUCCUGAGAGCUAGCUGAUUGUUUCUCCCCUUGCUUUUUUUUUUUAACUUGAGUUUUUGCUACACUAUGUAGAUCUUCACAUUGGAGACAUUAUGGCUGCAACUGUACUCAUUUGUUUCUCUUGCUGUCAGAUCUUUGAAGGAUAUUGCUCACUCCACCUUCCUGCUCCUGUUUUAUAGUCCAUCAGUAUCAUGUUGAUAUUAAAGUUGGUGGUGUUCAUAUAUCCAAACAGCCUUCAGGUGUCAUUGAGUCACCUAAACGUUCUUGAAUCUUUAAUAUUUCUUGUGAUCCUCUGGUUUAGUGAAUUUAGCUCUGCUCUGUACUUUAUAAUUUUAUUCUGCUCCCUGUUUUAUUGCCUUAGCCACAAAUUGUGGUACUUUUUUGUAUAUUUUAUGUAUAAAACACAAAGUUGAAUCCCAACUAUUUUUAAGACAAAAGUCUGUUAAAACUUUUUUUAUUGUAAAGAAUAUUUAUUAUGUGAAUCUCUAUUAUUUUAUGAUAUUUAUUGCAAAAGACUUUGAAAAUGUACUCAUGUCUGAAUAUAACAAAAUAUCAAUACUUAACGAAAUAAGAAUGACACGAAGAAAGUACAUAUGUUAACUAUAAUGCAGAAAAUAUAUUAAUUAAUGAAAAUGGCUCUUGAAUUCUUUUGUUACAAUGACAGGUUGUAAGCUACUUUUGCAUAUUCUGGGUUCUUAUUUUCUUCCUCUGGUCAGGUGGUCUGUCAGGUAGCAAGUAACUUCCUAUUGAUACUUCAAAACCACUAGUCUGUGCUCUAGUUUAGUUUCCCUAAUUUUAAGUUUGCUAACCAUUGAUCAAGUAAGUUUUUGCAAUUGAAUGUAUGCAUUGUGCUCAACAAUCCCAAGAGGUGUAGGCCCUAUUUAUUUACCAGAGCAUUAAAUGUAGUUGUGGAGGAGGACUUCAAGUUUAGUUUCCUAAAGAAUACCAAAUUAAGAUGUAAACCCAUUCUAAAUUUUCCCAUAUAGACCUUCUUGGCUGGUUAAAUUAUGAUAUAAAGUAGAGUUUGGGUUGCUGCAGUUUGCUAGCUUUGAGAGUUGUGUGUGUAUGUGCACACAUAUAUAUGCGUGGCUUAUUUGUUUCUCUUCCGAUACGUUUUCCCAAUGUCAGCUGAAUCCACCUUCUGCCUUUAAAUUAAAGGCUCUUAAGGGUGACCCAAGUGUCACAGCUACUUGUGACCAUUUAACACUUACUCAACAAAACCCCUUUUCAUUAAGAGUGAAUGGGGAAACCUCAUUCUUCUGUCCAUGUGUGGGUCAAGGCUAACACCACAGUUCUCUUGAAGUAAAAAGUUUAUUAAAUGGAUGUAAUUCCACAUGGUAUUCAGAGUAAGUGGUUCUAGAGAAACUCCACUUAAGGAACACUAAUAAUCUGACAACUGUGUCAUAUUGCGUUUUGAAGUCUUCUGCUUUGAAUUGCCAUGCUCAAGCUGUUCUAACUCCCAGUAUGCUGAUGAUUGGAGUAAGCUGGGCUUUUGUAGUUAACUGCAUCAAAGCUGACCAAAAAAUGCGUUCUUUAUUAAAGAGCAUGUAUAAUUUCUGUGAGGUACACAGUGAAAUCAUAAUAAUGUUACAUCUAAGAAACAAUUUGCUUUACAGUAUGCUCUUGGUAAUACUGCUCUCUCAAUCUCAGUUCUGCACAUAAACGUGACAAAAUUUACAGACGAGGAGCCUUGUGGGGUAGCAGCAUGUAUAUAUAAUCUGCCUUCCACAAUUUAUUCUUCGUGAGAUGAAGCAAAGCCAAGAGAAGAAUGAGGAGUAAAUGACUUGCUCAGCACUACUUCCUUAUCACUGAUACUUCUCUAACAGUGGCAGCUGCAAACAGCCCUCGGGAGACAAUGAAAUCCUUGUCAAACAGUCACCGUUGGUCAGAUAGUGCCAUUUUUAAGACUGUGUACUGACACUCAGAAAUACCGAGCCAAUUGCAGUUUCCUGACUGGAUGCAAUCCAGCUCUGUGUUGAGUAUGUUUGCUUGAAUGGUGUUAAUUAUUCCUCUCUUCAAAAAAAAAACAACAACCAACCAACCAAAAAAACUAUUUAUGUUGUUGACUUCUGUCUCUUUUUCAGCCAGGUGGAUUAUGUGGGGUUUUGUUAGGGUUUGUUUCUUAGCAGAGCAGAAGAAAGCCCAAAGGACUCACUCGCACAUAGCCUUUCUGUGACCAUCUUCCAUUAUGAGCUGCAUCACACCACUGGUCCAGAUUUCCUAAGAAAUCAACAAAAACAUGCUCUAGUUAGAUUAAAUAAUCUUUACUAACUGAAGUUGGGAAUAAUUUAAGAUUGUUUCUUAAGAGGAACAUUUGACUUUGACCUAUGCAGAAAUUAGGUGAUAACCAUUCACUGUGUGUCUGAAGCAGCACUCUAAGUGCCAGGUGUUACCCAGAGAAGGCAGCACUGAAGAAGUAGAAGUAAAUAGCUCAUUUGUUUCCUUUCCUUUCUUGUUUGAGAUAUUGCAUCUUUUGUACUUUACAUCUAUCUCUCUGAGUUCACUUUUGGCUCUGUCAGGAUGUGGGAUGAUUGCCUUACUGUAUGGCGGUGGCCGUGACGUCUCUCGGGCAGACAGACGGCUUUUUGCAGUGAAGAACCAAGCAGGGUCGUGUGAGGGCAAAUGGGUGUCUUCCUGGUGGGUGCGUGGUGGUAAGUGAGCUGACAGAUGCACAAAGUAAGCCUCCACACGUUGAAGGGACAGUAGUUAGUUCACAUAUCCCCAAAGCAUCAAUCACUAUGAUCUGUUCUACUGCCUAUAGUGCAGUAAGUGGAAUGACCACCUACAGAUACAGCGUCUUGUUGUGAGGGGGUGAACAGAUUUGCUAAAUGCUAAUGGGACUUCUGAUAACUGGGAGACUGAAGUGUAGAUUUCAGUCCUUCAGUCCAAACUUUGUCAGCAUGCUGUUCAGGUCACUUCUUACACGUCUGUACGGUGCCUACAGUGUCCGAGGUCCAGCUGCUGUAAUGAUGUAGGUGAAAAUUAUUUCUUAGCCAUUUUCAGGUAGCUUUGAUAGUUUUUAUUUUGAAAAAAAAGAAGAGUACGUGGUAUGAAAGAAUUGUGUAUUUAGGCAAGAAGCGCAGCUGACCUAGUAACCUAGUUGUAUAGGUUGCUGAUGGAUGUGAGCAAGCUGGCCAUCUGGUUGUACACGGCAGAGUGCCGAAAUGUCUCGGUGUAAGGUCUGGGAGGAAGGGAAAAGGGAAGCUUUACCAAGCUGGAAACAGUCUCUGUUUGCCUAGCAUCUCGAACCCGGUCGUAGGAGAUGAGAUUUGGAAACAGAUGGUAAGUUUCCAUGUUCCCUGCCGCGGGAACACAUUGUUAGGGUGAGAACUGGAGAGUUAAGGUGUUCCACUAGAGACAGCUUCGUUACGCUAAUGCUAGUGUGGAUGAUAGUGUUAUCCGAGGGGGAAUAGUACUUAAGAAAUGACGAGUGCUUGCUCUUGUUUAUAGUUCUGUAUCAUAACGACAGGUGGGAGAGGAUUAGCUCCUCUCCCUGUGAUAAAGCAAAUCUGUUAAGAGGGAUUAAACAGGCUGUAUGAAGUGUUUUAAUGGACUUAUAUGAAGUAAUAGAUUUUUGUCCUGGAGGAAUGCUCAGGACUCACUGAUACUUCUGUGUUUCUUGUUCUGCUGAAAUUACCUCCAAAUGCUGGGGAAUCCUGAUUAAUUGUUGGCUUUCUUCCAGCUGGAGCAUUUCUGUCAGUCAUGGUAGUGCUUUGAAAAAAAAACAACCUGGAGUACAAUGUUGUCCUACUAUCACACAACUGGAUUUACCAGCCUUACAAUGUGCGUGGUUUGCACAGGUGUUGUUCUGAUUAGCCUUCAUCCCUGGGCAAGCGCUUUCAGGGCAGCUCAAAUGUUUCUCCUUCCUAGCUGCGGUUAUUUCUCAUCUUGCUUUCCCUGAUGGGAGUAGCGUAGACGUGGCUUCAACCCUAGCCAGUGGUUACAUGGCCAUGGGGGCCUGUGUGAAGUUCUGUACUUAUUGGAAGGAUCUACCCGAAAAACUUCAAAGCUACCCAGAAAGUUGCCUUCAUCGUGUUCUGCCUCCCCCAUUAGAGCGAGGGCUUGGCCUGUAACCAGUAUCUGGGGCUGAUGUGCUGCUGUCCCGCAGGGAAUAGGGCUGGGCUGUGUGUCAGGUGGUCAGCACAGCCCCUGGAUCUGCUUUCUGGUGCUGCAUCAGUGCUGUGAAAUCCCAGCACAGGAUCAUUCGGGCCCUUUGUGUUCCCUUGUGCUGUGACUACUCCCUUGCAGCAGGGAGAUGGGAGCUCUUUCAGAGCACAUCCCCACCACCAACCACAGUGCCAAAGCACAGGCCCUCUCUAAACACCGCAGAAGGUGUCGAUUCCUGCAAGCAUUACACUUUUCAGUUGUGUUUUCACUGUGUGUGCACUUUGUUUUCAUGUAUACAGGUAGCAAUGUAUAGGUGUGGAUCUGCUCUCCCUUCAGCUGGACUGGGAGUACUUGGGUAUGUCUGGGUAAGUGCAUUUUGUUAGAUACUGCGGGCUUUGGCUGUAGUGUUAACAGGUAAAUCCAGACUUGGUGUUUCUUAAAGGCUGAAAAGGAAUAUGUACAUGUCGGCCACUAUAUCAGAAGCCAAUACAGUUGGAAGAAAGCUCAGUUCCCGGAGUGGUAUCUACUGCUCAGUGUGCAUUUGUGACUGAGAGAUGCAAUGCCAUCAUUUUCCUAGUGUAAUGCUUGCAGCUGCCGCUCCCGCUUCUCCAGGUGAAGGUGUCUUUAGAU